CAAAACAAGAGAAAGAGAGGCAGAGAGGCAGAGAGGCAGAGAGAAAAGUUGAUCAAUAUGGAGAAAAGGGUUUUGUACGGUUUGGUAGUAAUGCUAAUGUACCUGGUGGGUGGUGGCUAUAGUCAAGGGGUAGUGGAAUGGAUACGUGACAAAGCUGAAUGGGAAGAAAUUCUGGUCAAGACGGAAAUUCACAUAGGGGUUAUGGUAACGUCCCCAUUGUGCGGUGCUCCAUGUGAUAUAGUGAACGACCAAGUGGCUCGAUUUGUUGAAACCUACGGCGACCGGAUUAAGUUCUACAAAAUCAACAUUUUGGAGACUUUGUUCUUUGCACUAGAUUACAAAAUACUCACUGUUCCAACCGUCAUAAUUUUCAAAGAGGGAACCAUAAAUCUUCGUUUCGAAAGCCUUUCCGAUUGGGGUAUGUUUUAUGAACUAUUAGUCAACUCAAGUAUACUCGACUUUCCCCCUGACCUGUCCCCGGCUCCAGCCCCAGCCCCCUCCGAUUCUGAUCCAGAUGCCGACUUGCCACCGCCUCUUCAAUCCGGCGAGUAAACUAUAGUCCCGUCUUGAACUAAUAACGUCAUUUUAUAUGUAUUAUUGUGUGUAACGUGUGUGUUUGCUGCUUCUACUUUA